AUGGAGCCAAGGACUUUCAAAGCAGUUGUUACUGAUCACACCAAAAUGCAAGUUAUUGAGAAAGAAUUCAGAGAUUUGAAACCUCGUGAAGUUCUUGUUAAAAUGCACUCAAUGCCUAUUAAUCCUAAUGACAGAUACAUUGUCUCAGGCUUCUUUAGUUUUGGAGCUAAAGGCGAGUAUAAAGGAGUCGGGUUUGAAGGUGCAGGAGAGAUUGUAGAUGCUGGCCAAGAUGUUGACCAGAAAAAUAUUGGCAAAAAGGUAGCCACUCUUGGAAACCCUUUCACAGUUAAUUACCAAGGCAGCUGGAGACAAUACUUAUACUGUGAUUUUCAGGAUUGAGCAGUUUAUCCCGACGAUGCAGAUUAUGAUAAGAUGUGUUCAACUUUUAUAAACCCUUUUGCUUGACUUGCGAUGCUUGAUUUCAUCAAGAAGAAAGAUGCUAAAUGUGUUGUACAAGAUGCAGCUUGCUCUUCUCUUGGAAAAAUGGUGUCUAGACAGCUCACCAGACUUGGGAUUAAAGUUAUAAACAUUGUUCGAAGAGAAGAGCAAGUUGAAAUUUUAAUGAAUGAAGGUGCUGAAUACGUCCUCGAUUCAUCUGCUUAUGAUUUUGACUUGGACCUAAACUCAUACAUGAGAGAACUCAAGCCAGCCAUUUACUUUGCUGCUGUUGGAGGCAAACUAGUAGAGAAGGUUAUGUUCAAAAUGCCUCCUUCGUCUACUGUAGUAUUAUGGGGAAGCUUAGAGGAUAAAGACAUUAGCUUUUCCCCAAGUGUAUUUAUAUUUUCAAAGUUAACAAUAACUUAUUUAACAAUGUUUGAGUGGUUAUUUAACCUUACCAAAGAACAAAAAGAUGAAUGAAAGAGGACUAUCGUUGAAGAUAUUUGAUCAGACGACUCAAUAUAUGCAUCGAACGUACUCAAAGCUUUUAGCCUCGAUGAUGUUGAAGAGGCUCUUAAAUAUUCAAUAGAUCAUGCAAGCGAAGGAAAAGUGAUUCUAAAAGGAUUUGAGUAA